CCGUGCGUAUAAAAACAAACGAAACUGCGCUGCGACUGCUUUAGUUGACGGAAUUCUUGACGCAGUCACAGUAAACACAAAGGCAUUUGAAAAUCAACGUUUGUUCGACUCGACAUAUCGAAAUUCUGGUUAUCCCAUAGAGCAAUAUCCUAAAUUUUAAGCAAGAUGGCUCAACGCGAUGCGGCUUCAAAUCAGUUGAUUGACUACAAAAACUCCCAAACGGUUGCGCCAGGAGCGAUCACCACUGGCCAUGGAGCACCCAUUGGGAUCAAGGACGCCACCCAGACGGUGGGUCCCCGCGGCCCCGUGCUGCUGCAGGACGUUAACUUCCUGGAUGAGAUGUCCCACUUCGACAGGGAGCGCAUUCCGGAGCGAGUGGUCCACGCCAAGGGAGCCGGUGCCUUCGGAUACUUCGAGGUGACCCACGACAUUUCCCAGUACUGUGCCGCCAAGAUGUUCGACAAGGUGAAGAAGCGCACUCCACUGGCCAUUCGGUUCUCCACCGUGGGCGGCGAGAGCGGAUCGGCAGAUACUGCCCGCGAUCCCCGAGGAUUCGCCAUCAAGUUCUACACCGAGGAUGGUGUUUGGGAUCUGGUUGGCAACAACACCCCGAUCUUCUUCAUUCGCGACCCGAUCCUGUUCCCCAGCUUCAUUCACACCCAGAAGCGCAACCCGCAGACGCACCUGAAGGAUCCGGACAUGUUCUGGGACUUCCUCACCCUGCGUCCGGAAUCGACGCACCAGGUGAGCUUCCUGUUCAGCGAUCGUGGCACUCCCGACGGCUAUACCCACAUGAACGGCUAUGGCUCGCACACCUUCAAGCUGAUCAACGCCAAGGGCGAGCCCAUCUACGCCAAGUUCCAUCUGAAGACGGACCAGGGCAUCAAGAACCUGGACGUGAAGACCGCCGAUCAGUUGGCCAGCAGCGAUCCGGACUACAGCAUUCGCGAUCUGUACAACAGGAUCAAGACCUGCAAGUUCCCCAGCUGGACCAUGUACAUCCAGGUCAUGACCUUCGACGAGGCCAAGAAGUGGAAGUACAACCCCUUCGAUGUGACCAAGGUCUGGCCGCACAAGGAGUUCCCUCUGAUUCCCGUGGGCAAGAUGGUGCUGGAUCGCAAUCCCAAGAACUACUUUGCCGAGGUGGAGCAAAUUGCCUUCAGCCCGGCUCACUUGGUGCCCGGCAUCGAGCCCUCUCCGGACAAGAUGCUCCAGGGUCGUCUGUUCUCCUACUCGGACACCCAUCGCCACCGCCUGGGACCGAACUACUUGCAGAUCCCGGUGAACUGCCCCUACAAGGUGCGGGUGGAGAACUUCCAACGCGACGGGGCCAUGAACGUGACGGACAACCAGGACGGAGCUCCUAACUACUUCCCCAACUCCUUCAACGGACCCCAGGAGUGCCCCAGGGCCAGGGCCUUGUCCUCGUGCUGCCCCGUGACCGGGGAUGUCUACCGUUACAGCAGCGGCGAUACGGAGGAUAACUACGGUCAGGUGACCGACUUCUGGGUGCACGUCCUGGACAAGUGCGCCAAGAAGCGUCUGGUGCAGAACAUCGCCGGCCAUCUGAGCAACGCCAGCCAGUUCCUGCAGGAGCGGGCCGUCAAGAACUUCACCCAGGUGCAUGCGGACUUUGGUCGCAUGCUGACCGAAGAGCUUAACCUGGCCAAGUCCUCCAAGUUCUAAGCUAAACGGCAUCCGACUUGGUUUUUGACCUUAAUUACUAUUAAUCCACUUGAAGCCGACAACACUCCGAAAUGGACUAACAAAAGCAAACUCUUUUCGGCUCUUUGGUUGCGGGCUAAUAUCGAUUUAACCACAUAAUGUGUCUUGUCUUGUUUUGAUAUUCAAAAUUGUCUUAGCUGUACACGAAAUACAAUUAUAUGCAAUGGAUAUAAAAUAAAUUCUUUAUAUUUUGAUACAAAAA